AUGGAAAAAAGCAAAGUUCUGAAACCUCGAAUGACUUCUUCUGGUGGCAACUUAAUAUUCCAGACUGCCAGUGACAAAUCUAUAGAAUUCAGAACAGGUUCUUAUGGGAAAAUAAAAUUAAAUAAUGAAGACUUUGCAGAGCUUUCUAACCAGAUUCAGAAAAACAAGGAUGAUAUUGCCGAGAUGAGAAACAAUGGUGGAAUGCCUCAGAAUGUCUCAUAUCAGAUCAGUCAGCUGAAUGCAAGGGCAUUGGCUGUGAUCCAUGCACUGAAGUCUCUCCAUCACCUUUGGACCCCAGGACAUCUUCAAGUGAUUACAGACAAUGACACAGUCAUGUGGUAUAUCAAUUCCAGUUCUGGGAUUUGUCAGAAGAAAAAUCACUUAAUGCAGACAUCAAGUGCCCUGAAUCCAAAUCUCCUCUUCUUCCCUUCUGAUCCAAAGCACUCAGUCACCACAGAUGCCUUUGACUUUGCUUGCGAAACAGUGUCAAGUCAAGGGGAUAAAGAUGCAAGGUAUCUGGGACAACAAGGUUGUGGUGGUUUGUUCACAGCUUCAAGUGGUGAAAUCCAUUCUCCAAAAUACCCUAGUGUCUCUGGGAACAAUGUAGACUGCUCUUGGGUUAUAACUGUGGACAUUUCUCAUAGAGUUUUACUGAAUUUCACCGACUUCGAUAUAGAAAAUCACCAGUCAUGUAACGAUAACUAUAUAGUUAUACAUGAUGGACCAGAUGAAAAUGCUCCACUCCUCAGCAGACUGUGUGGAGGCCAGCUCCCAGCACCCAUCACAUCCACAAUGCACCAGAUCUUUGUACGCUUCCGUUCUGAUAGCAGUGUAUAGCACAGAGGAUUCAGUGCUCAGUUUUCUGAAGCCUGUGGAAGUUUCGUUACCACUGAUGACCUAGGAGGUACUAUUUCCACACCUUCGUAUCCUAACAAUUAUCCAAACAACACAAACUGCACCUGGAUUAUUGUGGCCCAGGACCCAUAUAACCAUGUGACCAUCUCCUUUACUGACUUUGAAACAGAAAACAGAUAUGGUAACUGUUCUAGUGAUGCAGUGGAAUUUUUAGAUGGUGACAACUCUGAAGCUCCUUCUAUAGGUCGUUACUGUGGGAAUGUCAUGCCACACCCUGUCACAUCAUUCAGCAAUGCCUUCGUUGUGAACUUCAUUUCUGAUAACACAGAUGUAGCAAAAGGCUUCCGAGCAACAUAUGCAGCAUCAUCCUCAGCUUGUGGUGGUGUUUACCACAUGGAGAGUGGCGCCUUCAAUAGUCCUAACUAUCCUGAUCCUUACCCAAUAGACCGCGAAUGUGUAUGGAAUAUCGUCAGCUCUCCUGGCAAUUGACUACAACUUUCUUUCAUAGCCUUCCAGCUACAGAAUAGUCCAGAUUGUGUCAAGGACUAUUUAGAGAUUCGUGAGGGAAAUUCUACGGGCCAUCUGGUUGGACGAUUCUGUGGUGAUAGCUUACCCAGCAAUUAUACAUCAAUCAUUGGUCACAUCCUGUGGAUCAGAUUUAUCUCUGACCAAUCAGUUGUUGGCUCUGGAUUCCAAGCUGUAUUCUCUCACAUGUAUGGAAAUGAAAUUUUGGGAACCUCCGGGAAGAUAGCUUCUCCACUCUGGCCAAGAAACUAUCCAAACAAUGCCAAUUACGUAUGGUCAAUAACAGUGAGUGCUGACUACAUUGUUCGUGCUGUGAUACGUGAGAUGGAUAUAGAAGAGCUCAGCAACUGCUAUUAUGAUAAAAUACGAUUUUAUGAUGGCCCAGAUAUUCAUGCCCGCCUCAUGGGAACAUAUUGUGGCAUUGUGCCACCUGCUCCUAUCUCCUCUACAGGCAACACCAUGACAAUUCAGUUUGUAUCAGGUACCAGCUUGAAUGGAAAGGGAUUCAUUAUGGACUGGUAUGCAGUGGACAUUUCUACAGCUCCUCUGCCAACAGUUACCCCAGGUGCUUGUGGUGGUGCAUUUGUAACAGGAGAAACACCUUACUUCUUUUUCUCGCCUGAGUGGCCAAAUAACUAUCAGAAUGGCGUAGACUGUUCCUGGGUAAUAAGAUCUCCAGAAUCUACAGUGGAGUUGAACAUUCUGGCUAUUGACAUAGAAUUUCAGACGUCAUGCUUAUCUGAUCAGCUUGUUAUUAGAGAUGGAGACAACAAUAUUGCACCAGUCCUUGCUACCCUCUGUGGCAGAGAACUUCCUGGUCCUAUCAGAUCUACUGGUGAUGCUAUGUUCAUUCGUUUUACCUCUGAUUCCAUCAUCUCUGGGGGUGGCUUCAAUGCUUCUUUUCACAAAAGUUGCGGUGGAUAUUUCCAUGUCAAUAGUGGUAUCCUCACCUCUGCACAUUACCCUCAAUCCUACCCAGCCAACCAGAAUUGCACCUGGCAUGUGGUGGUUACCAGUGGUUAUACUAUCAAUGUCAACUUUGAACAGCCUUUCCAAAUUCAAGGCUCUGGCACUAGAUGCAGCAGCGGAGAUUAUCUGUAGCUGAGGAAUGGGGAAGAUGCUUUAUCCCCUCCAUUAUCCACCAAUGGAGGAAAUGGACAUUACUGUGAUUCUAGCCCUCCAUCUGCAUUGCACACAACAGAUAAUUUCCUUUUUAUUCGUUUCAUCUCUGAUGGAAGUAAUGAGGGCCAAGGUUUCAAGCUGAGCUAUGAGGCAAAAAGUCUUGCUUGUGGAGGCAAUAUAUUUGUAAGCAGCUUAGAUCCAGCAAUAUAUGUAACAUCUCCCAACUACCCAAAUAAAUACCCCAAAAAUGCAGACUGUAUCUGGAUUGUUACAGUUCCAAAUGGAGAAGCUGUACAGCUGGACUUUGAAGAUGAGUUCUGUAUAGAACCACACAGCAGCUGCGACUAUGACUACCUGGAAUUGCGUGAUGGUGCGGAUUCCAAUGCUCCACUGAUCAGUAAGCUGUGUGGGAACACCAGGCCUGGGACACAAAAGUCCACAGGAACUCUGAUGUAUAUGAGAUUCAGAACGGACACCAGUGACACUCACAUUGGAUUCAAAGCCAAAUUUUCAAUAGCUACUUGUGGAGGCACUUUCACAGGACAGUCUGGUAUUGUUCAUAGUCCAGGAUAUCCCAGCUCAAAUUAUCCUGACAACUUACUGUGUGAAUGGUACCUCCAUGGACCGACUGGACACUACCUCACCAUUGUCUAUGAAACCAUCAAUCUUCAAAGCUCCAGUGAAUGCUCAGCAGAUUAUGUGGAAGUCCGAGAAUACAACGCUUCUGGGCGACUACUGUGAAAGCACUGUGGAAUUACAUCCCCAAAUCCAGUGGAUACCUCAGACAGUUUUGCCUAUGUUAAAUUUGUCAGUGAUGCAUCAAUCAGUGCCACAGGAUUCAUUUUACGGUUUAAUGCUAGUGUGGCGGAGUGUGGUGGCAACCUCAAUGGAGCCACAGGAACAUUAACUUCUCCCAAUUAUCCAAACUUGUACCCACACAGCAGACGAUGUGAAUGGUGGAUUACAGUACAAGAGGGUCGCAGGGUUACACUGACCAUUAAUGACUUGAGGAUUGAAGACCAUCCAACUUGUACUUAUGAUUAUUUUGCUAUUUACAAUGGCCUACAUUCCAACUCUCCACUGUUGGAAAAAUUCUGUGGUCAAAGUGAUACGCUGCCUGGCACCCAAGUGAAGUCAUCUGGAAACACCAUGAGAGUUGUCUUCUAUACAGAUGCAAUUGGAACUGAUGGAGGCUUUAGUGUGACCUAUACAUCACUGGAAGAUGCAGUGUGCGGUGGGACAUUAAUCAGGGAAGAUGGUGGAAACUUUACCUCUCCUGGCUAUGAUGGCGUAAGCUAUUACACAAAUAACUUAGAUUGUGAAUGGACCAUCCAUAAUCCCUAUGUAGCAACUUCAUCUAUUUACAUUCAGAUAGUUGACUUACACCUGGAGAACCAUGCAACAUGUGCUAAGGAUUUCAUUGAGUUCCGAGUUGGUAAUGCAGGGGAUCUCUUAGCUAAACUGUGUGGACAGUCCAUCCCAUCAGUCCCAUUUGUUUUUGCUGCUGAACAGAUCUGGGUCCAUUUUGUGACUGAUUCAACGGGGCAAGAUGUUGGUUUUCUUGCCAAGUAUUUAUUCUCAGAUUGUGGCGGCAUCCAGGAUGGGAAAAGUGGAGUUGUUUCCAGUCCAAACUAUCCAAAUCCUUAUGACAGUAUGAACUGGUGCACCUGGCUACUGAGGGCACCAGAAGGCCACACAAUAACUCUUAACUUUACAUACUUUAAUGUGGAAAACCAUGAAGCUUGUAACUGGGACUCAGUAACUUUAAUAAAUGGUGGCUAUCCAGAUUCUCCCAUCAUUGGCCAAUACUGUGGAAUGAAUUCCCCAGGAACUAUCACAUCAGGCUCCAACAAGUUGAUAAUAGUAUUCAUUUCUAAUCAUGUUGUGCAGAGAGGUGGCUUCUAUGCAACAUGGACCUCUAAUUCUUUGGGCUGUGGCGGAAUCAUCCAUGCAGAUAGUGGGACCAUCAGGUCUCCAAACUGGCCUCAGAACUUCCCAUCAAACAUUGAAUGUGUCUGGAAGAUCAUAGCUGAUGAAGGCAGCCACCUAGAUAUGACAUUUGACAACAACUUCAAUAUCCCAGACACCAGUGAUCAGUGUCAAAGCAGCUAUGUUAAGGUAUGGGGAGGUGAUUCUGAAGAGGAUAAAGCUCUGCUGACCACAGGCUGUGGAAGUACUUCACCAGGAACCAUCACUGCCCCAGCGAGUGUAGUAAUCACCAGAUUCCAGUCACAAGACAAUGUUGGAACAGGCUUUGCAGCAUCAUUCAGCAGCAGCUGUGGAGCAAAUUUCACUGACCUCAGUGGACGUAUUGUAUCUCCGAACUACCCCAAUAAUUAUGGUCACAAUAUGAACUGCAGCUAUCUCAUUAAAACAGGGGCUAAUAUGUUUGUCAUUUUGCAGUUUCAAGCAUUCCAUAUAGAAGUACCUUCUUUAACUCAUUCCACAUGUGUCUAUGAUGGCUUGAAAAUCUACUCGGGAACAGCAAUUUCUGGAAAACCUGUUGCCACACUUUGUGGUACACAACUUCCUGGACCUGUGAGUACUUAUGGAUCCAUGCUGCUCCAUUUCUAUACUGAUUCAUCAAAGGCAUACAGUGGUUAUAUUGCACAAUAUACAUUAGCUGAAUGUGGAAGAACAUUCAACAGCACUUCUGGAACCAUAAGCAGCCCGACUCACUCAUUUACAGAUUACCACAAUAACAUGAACUGCACAUAUCAACUCAUUGUCCCAGAAAACAAAAUUCUGGCACUCAAAUUCAACCAGUUCCAACUUCAGACAUCAUCAGCUUGUUACUUUGACUAUGUUGCUGUAUAUGAUGGGUCAGACAUCUAUGCUCCUCUUCUGGGCAAAUUCUGUGGUUCAGCUAUUCCACCAGCCCUGAAAUCUACUGGCAACACUCUGUUUUUGGUGUUUAAGACUGACUCUUCUGUCACUGCAGGUGGAUGGCGGGCGACUUUUACAGACACGCUAGGACCAGAUCAAGGCUGUGGAGGUUACGUGACUGGCAACACUGGAACAAUUGUCACUCCUGAUUCAAAUAAUGAUGGCAGAUAUGAUAAGAACCUUCAGUGUGUGUGGAACAUUGUUGUGCCCAUGAACAAGAACAUAAAUUUCACCUUCAGCAGCUUUGUCUUGGAAGCACAGACAGGGAGUGUUUGCCAAAAUGACUAUGUCAAACUGUAUGAUGGUGAGGAUACCACUUCCCUUGAAGUCGGCACAUUCUGUGGCUCUGUUGUGCCACCUUAUUUUGUGUCUACCAGUAACUUCCUGACAGUGAUGUUCAUCUCUGAUAAUGUUGUUGAAAUGGAAGGAUUCAACGCUACCUACAUAGCUAUAGACUUGCCAUGUGGUGGAACAAUAAAUGCAACAUCCAGUGUACAGACCUUGACGUCUCCAGGAUACCCAGGUGCUUACCCAACGUUCACAGUGUGUCACUGGACCAUUGAUGCUCCAGCACAAGAACAAGUGAAGAUAUCCGUGCAGGCCUUCCACUUAGAAGCAAACCAGGAUUGUGCAAGGAAUUAUGUAGAAUUCAAGGACUGGCCAGUGGGAGACUAUGGGCAAGUGCACAGGUACUGUGAUACAGAUUCUGUUUUGCUAGACUUUUACACAUAUGGCCGCUCUGCUGUUGUGACAUUCAGAUCAGAUGAGUACAGAAAUGGCAAUGGCAUAAGCUUCACAGCUCAGAUUGCAGGCUGCAACAGAGAAUUCAACCAGUCUUUUGGAUACUUGAAGAGUCCUGGAUGGCCCAAUGUUUAUCAACAUAACUUGGAUUGCACCAUCAUUCUAAGAGCACCACAUAACCAUACCAUCUCUCUCUUCUUUGAUGCAUUUGAACUGGAAAAGCAUUCAAAAUGUAGUUUUGACUAUUUAGAGGUGAGAAAUGGGAGUGGCAGCAGCACCUCUCUGAUCGGCAAAUACUGCGGUGAAGUGCUACCUAAUCCCAUAUUCCCAAAAAGUCAUCUUUUGUAUAUACGCUUUGUAACUGACUCCAGCAGUGCAUGUAAGGGAUUUGAGAUUACUUGAACUUCAUCAUCACAUGAAUGUGGCGGAGUAUUGUUUGGAGACCAUGGCUCAUUCACAAGUCCUGAAUACCCAGGAACAUAUGGAAAUAACACAGACUGUGAGUGGAGAAUCAGAGCACCUUCAGGUCGUGUGAUUACCAUAACAUUUGUGUUUGUGAGCAUUGAUGAUCCCGGUAACUGUGUGCACAACUACCUGACACUUUAUAAUGCGCCUGAUGCCACCUCACCAGUACGAGGGCCUUACUGUGGCAAUGAAACAAAUAUUGCUCCCUUUACUUCUUCGUCUAACGAAAUAUUCAUCAAAUUCCAUGCUGAGUAUGCCACAUUGCCCUCUGGAUUCAGGCUUACAUGGAGCACUAAGAAACCUAUAUCUCCAAGUACAUUUGAAACAUUUCAGAAAAGUUUUGCUGAGCAGUUUAAAGUUUGA